AUGGACCAGCAGUGGGGAUAUCCCAAGCACCCUCUGCAAUCCCAGCCCUCACCUCAUGUGAGAAGCUUCUGCUCUGGCCUCCAGGAAUUCCUGGGAGCUGAGAUCACCCUCCUCAGCACUGUCUGCUAGAGAAGUCCCUAGGUCUCUAGGAAAACGCAGCUGGCAGGAAGUAGACUCAGGGUACCCCAUUCCUGGUGAAAAAGCAGGUUGUAGGCCCAAGAGUGGACAGAUGGGCAAGGACCCUCCUCCCUUUCUCCCAAAGGGUCACCCCUUCCCUAUCUGUACAUCCCUCCCCAAGUUCAGUCACAGUUUCCAUUAUGAUUCCUAGUGAGCUGGGCUGUGGCCCACCACCUUCCCAGUCUCCCCAUAGGAAGGCCCCUGUAGUGGUGGCACCGGGGACCCCCUUGGGAGGCCCCAGAGGUAUAGCAGGGGCCCUGAGGAGUGGAAAGAGCCUGUCUGUACUGUGCUCUUGCCUCAACCUCAGAACCCUGGUGCUAAGCCCUCGCAGGUGACUUGCCCACCAGCCAGGCCAUAGAUUACUCAGUACUUGAACCAGCAGACAUGGGGUAUGGAGUCUACAUGCCAGGUCUGCACAGGGCCUAAGCCCUGCAGGUGUAACCUGGGCCUCUCUCCUCAGGCUGCCUUAAAGUACCAUUCACCUCACUCUAGGGGCCGCCAGGCUAGGUGGGGCCUGGCUGUGGUCCCCCGAGAGCCUCAUGCCUGCAGCAAUAACCACAUCCCCCAGGCCAGGGGCUCUGGGCCCACCACAGACACCCUUGAAAUCCCCUAGCCCACCUCUUGGCCAUUGUCUGGUGCCACCUCAUGUGCCUGGUGACCCAGCCUUACCUCUGUGCUAUCCUGGGAUACUCUGGUCACUUGUGGCCAAUUAAUAUGUCUCAGCAAGACUUGUGCACGGCACAGCAGAGGAACCCUUGGGUCCCCGCUCCCCUGCAACCCACUUGCUGCCCUGCCAGUCUCGUUCCGUGGGCUUCUCUUUCUUGCCUGGCCAAAAUAGGUGGUAACUCGUGCCUUUCCUACUCAGGACCCGUUACGGGUUGUGUCUGGGUCAAGGGUGGUCUCUAGACCAGCUCUUUGUCACUUUCAAACUUGUGAACAGACUGCACGUUGUGCUUUCCAAUACACUACACAUGGGGCCUGGUGAAAGGACAUGCGCUGUGGUCUGGCGCUGGCUGGCUGGCUUCAUCCCCCUGCAAUCUCGUCUUUAGCUCUAUUUUUAAUUGGUGAGGAGGCUGGAGAGCCCCUGAGUCCCUGGGCAUCCCUGAGGAGGGAGUGAAAAGUCAGGCUGGGAGUGAGGUCUCCAGGCUCCCUUCCUUGGAUCCCCCUUUUUCCUGUGUUUUGGGCACAGCCUCACUUUUCCUUGAGGAUGUUGGGGAUCUGAGUAUCAUCCAGGUUUGGCUGAGGUCUUCUCACAAGGCAGUGAUAGUGUCAGGGUCCCAGCCCUAGUCUGGGUGACUGCCAUCCAUGGCUGUUCCUCCCUACCAGCCUAGGUCCUACACCAUAGUUCCUGCCACCUCCUAUAGCCAGGGCUCUGGGGCCUCUUCCUCACCGGAGCAGCUUUGUAGGCUUCCUGGGAACAGCCUGUGAUGACACACCAGCGCCGGUCUUGGCCAUAAGAGGCAGGGCCAGCCUCAUGUUCACAUGAACCAAUCAGGGAAAGCAGUGGCUGCUGUUCCCAGAAUACUGGGUCAGCCUCAUCCCAUCUGCUGGCUACCCAGGGAGGAGUGGACUCCCAAAAGGGCACUUUCCCUCCCAGCUCCCACUUGGGGCUCCACAUAGCAACUACCAGCCCUGUUGCACACCUGCCCCACUCAACUGUCGCCACUGCCAUGAGACAGGAGUCUUAGGCCUGUUUGACAGAUGAGAGCAGGACUGAGGCUUGGUGUGGGACAGUCAGAAGCCUGCAGCCAUACAACUAGAGGGGACCAGGAUUCAAACUGUCUGCUCUACCCUGUGCCAUGAGGUCUACUUAAAACAGCAGAUGGCCUCAGAAAGCAAUAAACAGAUAAGACUCCCAGUAAUUUACUUGCUCAUUUGGAAGGCUGAGACGGGGUUCUUCCUUCAUCCAGAAGGUGCUCAACUGAGCAAGAGCACAGGCUUGGGUGGAGAAGGCUGGAUUGCAUGUGAGGCUGUGGGUGUAAGCAAAAAUGUUAGUGUGGCUCCUGACCACAUACUCACUGUUCUUCCUCAGUUUAGCAUUCUCAGAUUUGUUCAAGUCCACCUAAACAUCCCUUUGCUAUUCUCAGGGUCCCACUCCUUGAUUGCUGCCCUAAAUUUCAGAGAUCUGGGAAACUGAACUCAAUCUGCGUGCUGACUGCAGCUGCAGGGCCACAUUAGGGUGUGCUUUCAGUUGUAAGAGUCAUGUCUGCAAGGUAUUAAAGAGAUUCACUUCUGGUUAUAAAAAUGCUCUCCAGUUUCUAUCCAUGCCUUGAACUGAGUUUAUCAAUUUCUGCUGAUACUCCAGUGUGAUCAGAAGCCACCAGCCCACUGCAGAGUCUUUCUAGGUGUCAUCCCUGGGAUAUGACCAAAGGCAGAGCCAUUUGGUCUCCCAGGCUUUGCCUUCAAAUGACAGACUCAUCACCCCAACCACUUAAAGUAGAUGAUACAGCAAGGACUAUUUUUGUCACUGGGCACAGUGAACUACCCCCACAAUGAGGUCAUUACUUGGUAUGGGGCCAUGGGGCAGGUAACCUACCCCAAGUUUCCAGCUUUGAGGAACUGUUUCCUGGGAGGUCACCCCUGCUCCCAAGAACAAAGCUAGUGAAGAGUCAGAGAAAUGGAAACUGCCCAUGUGCUUCAAAUGGGGGAGCUUUCCACAGGGGGGUUGGUGAUGACCUUUGUUGGAAGAGCGGGAAGGCGCAGGCACCCGCAUAUUGGGAAUUGUAGGAAGCUUCUCUGGCACAGAGGCUGGAGGAGCCAGCAGGGUCACCCACACGUGCCUUAGGGUCCCUGGGCUGCUGAGGGUGCCCCUGGUGAGGCAGCAUUGCCUGGACAAGACCCAGCAGUGUGUGCCUGCUGGUCCCUGCUGUUGAUGCCACCAAAAACACCCCCAAAGCACUCCUUCCUUCCUUCCUUCCUGUCUCCUGUGCUUCCUACUGGCGGAGACAAACUGAAAGCUGCUGGCAGGGCCUCUAGGGUGCUGUCUGCAGGCUCCCAGCCUUCUGCAAGGUGGAGGAGGGAAGGGAUCCCACAGCCAACAAGCCGUGGGGCACCUCACCUGCUAGGGGUGUGCUCUGAGGGAAUGCUGAUCCCGGGGCCUGAGGAUGCAGACAAAGCAUGAGAGAGUGGAGGGCCCGCAGCCAGACAGACUGAGCAUGUUACUCUGGACUAGAGAAACGAAAGUGAAACUUCCUUGUCUUGGGAGGAGCUUUUCCAAGGAUCAAGAGGGAGACAGCCAUUAAACGUGGGCUCAGGUGGGAGAUCUGGCUGGGGAGAUUCAGUAAUCUUUUAGGGAGAAGGUGGAACCCAUAAGUCAAAGAGGGGCCCCUUGAGAGAUUUAUUCCUGAAGGUUGUCCCAAUUCAGGAGGAAACUUCGCAGUGGAACGUGUGAGUUGGAGCCUGAAAGGACAACCACUUGCCAGCCAUGUACUCUCCCUCUGGCCUGCGAUGUGAGUGGGAAACACAUCUCUGUGAUGUCGCAGCCUCCCUGCACCUGUUGUUUCCUUGUUACAGUGGAUAGUGUGCUAAUACAUCGAAGUGCUGUGCUGCCAGAGCUCUGGCUGGUUUGGUGUCCAGGCUGCAGAGGACAUGGAGGUGGACGCUGCACGUUGGAAAAUGUAAGAAAGGUGCACACAAGGGGGAUACAAGCUGUGCUAAUGGGACAAGGCAACAGGGAAGAGUUGGAAGCCUCACAACGUUGAAAAGGUGAACUGCAAAUGGACCCCAGAGAGCAGGAAAGAACCCUGAAGUAGCCCAUUAAAAAGCCCAUUUAAACCUCCUCAGUUCUACAGGCAACAGCCUGAGUCCUGCAGCAGAGUGCAAACGAAGCAGGCUGGAUGCAAAAGGGGAACAAGGGAAGCACAAGAUAGCUGGAGCCUGGGCCCGGAGUCCCUGUGUGGAAGAAAGCCCUUCACGGGCAAGAAACACCUGCUUCGGACUUCUGGGAAUCAACAGUGUUUGUAAUGAAGAACGUCAGACUCUGAGCUGUAACCUGAAUUCUUGUCCAAAAUUCAGCACACUGGCAGCGAGCACAGCAGAUUGCCACGUGUCCUGUCGGCGUCUUUGAGGCAUACUUGCCCACCUAGGAAAGCACAGUGCAGGUAUCUGUGUACUCUGCGCGUGUGCCAGCCGGACCAGCUCACACAGACAGCCCACCUGUCUUACUGGGCACUGGGCUUCAUUCUUGGGGCCCCGGGGCCUCCCCGAACUCCUCUCCGUGAUUGUUGGAAUGGUGAGCUUGUCGGCCACAGACUGCUACAUCGUGCAUGAGAUCUACAAUGGGGAGAACGCCCAAGACCAGUUUGAGUAUGAGCUGGAGCAGGCCCUGGAAGCCCAGUACAAGUACAUUGUGAUUGAGCCCACCCGCAUUGGUGACGAGACGGCGCGCUGGAUCACCGUGGGCAACUGCCUGCACAAGACGGCUGUGCUGGCGGGCACUGCCUGCCUCUUCACCCCGCUGGCGCUGCCCUUAGAUUACUCCCACUACAUCUCUUUGCCUGCUGGUGUGCUGAGCCUGGCCUGCUGCACCCUCUAUGGAAUCUCCUGGCAGUUUGACCCCUGCUGCAAGUACCAAGUGGAGUACGAUGCCUAUAAACUGUCCCGUCUGCCCCUGCACACGCUCACCUCCUCCACCCCGGUGGUGCUGGUCCGGAAGGACGACCUGCACAGGAAGAGACUGCACAACACGGUUGCGCUGGCCGCCCUGGUGUACUGUGUCAAGAAGAUUUACGAGCUUUAUGCUGUAUGAUCUCAGUAGAGCAGGGGAGCAGCGAAACCGCCCAGCCACAGAGACUACGGAGUGUUCAGGUGGCCACAGUCACAUUUUUUAUGUGAGGCAGAGGAGCCUGGGAAGGUGUUUGGUUUAAUAUUUGUUAUUUUUUAAAAAUAACACAAAUCACGGGUGUACCCAGGGAUUUUCCAGCUCAUUACACUAAGAUGUGGACUUCCACAACCCAAGAGGGGCCUGGGGCUGUGGGGUCUGGCUGGGCAGCGGGACGUGGACGGAAGCAAACACUGCAGAGGCCAUGGGUGCUCGGGGAGGGGGGCUUGAGAAUGCUGUCCGACUGUACCAUCCAGAGCCAACCGGAAGAUAUUGACCAUUAAAAUUAUGAGAAUUUCAA